UCCCGGACGGAACAAUCUCGCGUGACCAUGUUUCACCCGGACUUGUUCCGGUUUUCGCCAAGAUGGCGACUUACGCGCGAACCGUAUGGAAAGGACGUUGAAAAAGGGGAAGAAGGCAGAGGCGGCUGCGCCCGAGGUGAAGAAAGAAAAGAGGGUGGUGAAUGACACGAACCGACACAAGCCCUUCGGGAAGACGGCGUGGGCGCCCCCACCUCCACAGAUAUUAGAUGACGAGGUCGAGGCCGACUAUUACGUCGCUGUGCCAGAAAUGCUGCAGAAACUGACGCCGCUGAAAAACAAACUACGGAAGAAGUUUCCGAAGAGCAAGAGGGGCUCAAUCGGCAUCAAUAUCCCCAAAAUGCUGUCGCUGUUCCGCACGGGCCACGAGUACGGGGUGGAGAGCGAGUGCUACGUACGGACGCAGGUGGCCACGUUGGACUUUCCCACUCAACACAUCUUGGCCAACCUGGAAAUCAUCCUGACCGACGUGCGCUCGCAUCGGCCCGCCGACAUGGGGCCUUUGAUCGAGCGCGCCAUCCUGUCCAGUCGCACCAGUGAAGCUCUGUGGUUCAACAGUGAAAGCGUUUUACCGCAAACAGCCGAAGACAACCAACAGCAAUAACAGCCUCCCAUGUAUAUCUUGUGCUCAUCGUUAUUUUUAUUAUUAUAAACAAUAAAUGUGAUCAUGCCA